AAAAUUUCCAGCGCCGUGGAUAUUCUUUUACAUCGUGUGAAGUCUUUCUUAUUCAAGCACAAUACAUACCAACUGCGUUAAUCAGAAGAAAUUUUCUCUCCCACUUUCAGCAUGUUUCGGUGACACUUUCGAAUAUAUAUCUUCACCUGGUCGACACUCUGCUCGACCGCCAUGUUCUGCCAUUUCUACCCGCAUCGGUAGUAUUCCUAGUCUGCCAUUUUCACAACGAUGGCCCCCCCCAAAUCUAACGCCUCCCCUGCGCCAGGGUCUCUGAUGAGAGGCGGGCGGAAUCGUGUCGCCGAUUCUCUCUACGAGUGGUGCCGCAAGAACUAUGACUUUGGCUAUGUUUUCACGCAGGAAGAAUUGCUGCAAAGCAACAUCAUCCCGAACAAAGACAUCAAUGUCCUCCUCAUCUCGGUCCAACAUCUGGUCAUAAACCACCUGUUUAAAUUGCAUGAUAGACAAGGUGGCACCAUAGGCUGGGAGUUGAUUGCCCAAGAGAAAGCUCAAAACUACUCGAACCUAACCCGCGAUGAGCAGAUGGUACUGAUGAUCAUCGAAGGAGCCGGAACGUCGGGAAUAUGGACAAAGACGAUCAAAUGGAAAUCCCAGCUCCACGCGAGAGUCCUCGAACGAGUCUACAAACUGCUGGAAACCAAAGGCCUCAUCAAGCCCAUGAAACAUGUCAAGAAUCCCGGACGAAAGAUGUACAUUUUAGCGGGGCUGGAACCUUCAGAAGACGCCACUGGUGGUGCGUGGUUUUCCGACGGCCAGCUUGAUGUAGGCUUGCUAGACAUCAUGUCCAAGGUCAUCGAGGCGCAUGUCGCUGAACAGAGCUGGGAGACUGUCGAGCCAGACGACGUUGAGGAUCAACCACUGUCGCCCAGUCAAAAACGCAAGGCUCCAGCCGACGGUUUCGAGGAUGAUGGUGAAGAAAGAACCAAGGCCACCAAAACAGCCGACGGACAAAAGAGCAAGGCCUCCAAAUCAAACACCGACAAGUACCAGCCUUUCGAGGUUGGCUACAAGAGUUAUCCAACAGCGAGGACUGUGACCAAACACAUACUCGAGACCAAAUACACCACGACGAUGCUCCCACAAAACGCAGUUGCUCAGCUUCUCGAAGUCAUGGUCUAUGAUGGCCUCUUGGUGAAAGUGGUCCGCUCUCCGCAGGGCGACGAAUUUCCCGAUGACAUAUCCGCAAACACGGUCACCAUGUAUCGAUCGUUUAGGACGCCGGCCGAGUUGAGGGCACAGCACAAACUCCGGAACGAGAAGACCAGCAGCCACGAACGAAUCCGAAAAGCCGCAUACCGCAAAGAAGAGCUGGAGGAAAUAGGGCGUGGCGGUACCAGCGAAGUGCCCUGCAUGCAAUGCCCUGCGUUCGAGAUCUGCGGUGACGGCGGUCCCGUCAACGUGGUGACGUGCAAAUACUUUGAUGGAUGGUACGUUCGACUACGCGAAGCCGAUCGAGAGGCCGACACUGCGAAACACCCUCUUCCAACAAAAGAUAAGCCGAGGACCAGGGCGAAAGACGUAGGAAAGCAGAAAGAAAUCGUCAAAGAAAAAGAGCCGGUCCAAGGCUCAAGAAUUGACAUCGAAUUAGAGGACAGUUGACGCGAGAAGAUGCGACGAUGAUUAUUCCGCAUCAGCUUUCAAGACGUCCUCCAACAAGAUCUUCUUUGCUUGUCGAUCAGGAAAAUAUACAAAUCUCAGGUAGUUGUGAUGUUUUUUCUGAUUGUUUGCUAGCGCAUGGCGACGGCGUUUUACAACCACGAACUACAAUUGUCAUUCCAAAAAGAUGAUUCUCCCCGAACAUGAUGAGAUGAGGUUGAUGGUAUUAGCCUCUUCAUUUUUAUGUACCUAAGGGUACCUGGUCCGGGGGAGAAAGGGAUGGACACUGAUGAAAAACGGAACGAUACCCCCACAAAGCAACCAUGUACUUUAGUCGAGAUAGCUCAAGUUCCGCCUUAAAUCUAAUGGGUGAAUUGAGAACUGAGGAUUAAUUGAUCGAACAUUUACCUACCUGGGUAGAGACAAGGACUCUCAAAAACAAAAC